UCAGAAGUGGAAAGGAUGAGUAGUUUUAAGUUCUUGUGUGUCAACAUCUCUGAGAAUCUAUCCUCAGCACAACAUAUUGAUGCAAUUGCAGAGAAGGCAUGGCAGGAGCUAUUUAUCAUUAGGAAUUUGAAGAGACCAGGUAUGUCACCAAAGAUGCUCGCAAAUUUCUACAGAUGUACCGCGGAGAACAUUCUGACUGGUUGCUUCACUGUCUGGUAUGGAAGGGCCUCUGCACAGGAUUGGAAAAAGCUGCAAUUAACUGCUCUGGAGUGGAAAGAAAGCAGGGCGGGAUUAGAGGGGCAAUGCUUUGACUUUUAUGUUUAUGUUCCUACGAUGGAUAGAAAGAAUUCCCAAAAGAUCAAACCUAGCGCACUGAGGUCUGGCUGCUUAGUGCGGCCCAUUGCGCCUACAAAGUUGCCUGGGCGAUACCUUGCCCACCAAAAGUCUUUGCCGCGUCUGCCUGUUCCUCCUCUCCAACAAACUCUUGAACGCUACUUGCUGACAUUGGAGCCUAUUGUCAGUCAAGAAGAGUUAGAACACACUAAACAAAUAGUGAAGGAAUUUGCUGAAAAGGGUGGAGUAGGAGAGAGGCUUCAAGCAAGCUUGGAAAGAAGAGCAAGGAAGACAGAAAAUUGGCUUUCUGAGUGGUGGCUGAGGACCGCUUACCUGGAAUACAGACUUCCUGUGGUAAUUCAUUCCAGUCCCGGCGUGGUAUUGCCAAAACAGGAUUAUCACGAUCGUCAAGGACAGCUCAGAUUUGCUGCCAAAUUGAUUGCUGGUGUGCUGGACUUUAAAUCCAUGAUUGACAAUGAGACCCUUCCUGUGGAGAUUCUAGGCGGGAGCCCCCUCUGCAUGAACCAGUAUUACCAGAUUCUGUCAUCCUGCAGGAUCCCAGGUCCUAAAAGUGAUUCGUUUGUCAACUAUGCCCAAACUAAAAAACCAACCCAUGUAACAAUUGUGCACAACUUCCAGUUCUUUGAGCUCUUUGUAUAUAACAGCGAUGGUAGCCCCUUAACUGUGGACCAGCUUUACAUGCAAUUGGAGAAGAUCUGGCAUUCCUCACUGCAGACCAACAAAGAGCCGAUUGGGAUCCUUACAACUGGCCAUCGAAACAGCUGGGCAAAUGCAUACAACACACUAAUCAAAGAUAAGGUUAACAAGGAGUCUGUGAAGUGUAUCCAGAAGAGCAUCUUCACCCUCUGUCUGGAUGCUCCAGUACCAAAGGUGUCAGACGAACUCUACAUGAGUCACAUUGCGGCACAGAUGUUGCACGGUGGUGGAAGUCGGUGGAACAGUGGCAACAGGUGGUUUGACAAAACCCUGCAGUUCAUUAUCGGAGAGGACGGAUCUUGUGGUUUGGCCUAUGAGCAUUCGUCAUCAGAAGGACCUCCCAUUGUUGCUCUAUUGGACCAUGUCUUUGAAUAUUGCAACACCUUGGAGAUGGUUCGUUCUCCUAUGAUUCCAUUGGCCAUGCCUCGGAAGCUGCGUUUCAAUAUCACGCCUGACAUAAAGAGGGACAUUGAGAAAGCAAAGCAGAACCUCAACAUGAUGGUGCGUGAUAUGGAUAUAAAAUGCUUUGUGUUCCAGCAUUUUGGGAAAGAAUUUGUGAAGUCCCAGAAGCUGAGCCCAGAUGCGUUUAUCCAGGUUGCUUUGCAGCUGGCUUAUUACAGGAUAUACGGCAUGCAGUGUGCAACCUAUGAAAGUGCGUCCCUGCGGAAGUUUCACCUUGGGCGCACUGACACAAUUCGCUCAGCCUCAGUCGAAUCCUCAGCCUUUGUACAUGCCAUGGAUGACCCACAGGAACAGGAUCACAAUAAAGUGGCCUUGAUGAGAAAAGCUGUCACAGCACACAGAACUUACACAGACCUGGCAAUAAGAGGUCAAGCAAUCGAUAGACAUCUAUUGGGCCUUAAACUUCAGGCCAUAGAAGAUCUGGUUCGAGUCCCAGAAAUCUUCAUGGACACAUCCUAUGCUGUUGCCUUUCAUUUCAAUUUAUCAACCAGCCAGGUUCCUGCAAAGACAGAUUGCCUGAUGUGCUUUGGGCCUGUGGUGCCAGAUGGUUAUGGUGUAUGCUACAAUCCUAUGGACAAUCAUAUCAACUUCGCAGUAUCUGCUUUCAACAGCUGUGCAGAGACUAAUGCAGCAAAGCUCGCCCACUACUUGGAGCAGGCACUUGUUGAUGCAAGGGAUCUGCUCAUGCGGACACACAGCUCAAAACUCUGAAGCACUAUGGUAUUGAAGUUGAAUGGACUUGAGUCGGCCAUAUAAUCAUUAAUUGGCAUCCAGGCAUAAGAUUACUAUUUGACCAUGAUGUAAGAGUUGGUAUUUGCCAAAUGUUCAGGUACCCUUCCAUGGGUACUUAUUGACCAGAAUUAUUUUCUAAUUGCCCAAAUAUUUCUAGGGAAAUGCUAUUAAUGUUGCUUAGGCUUGUACAAUCAAUGGAAGUUGCUUAUUUUCUUUUCAAACUAACUCCCCUUACAAAUGCAUUUUCUUCAGUUUCCCUGUUCUAGUGCCUUUCCCCCUGGAAGCAUGCAGUUAGACCAUUCAGCCCAUUGAAUCUGCUCAACCAUUUGAUUAUGGCUGAUUCAUUUUCCUUCUCAAACCCUUUUUCUACCUUUCCCCCAUAAGCUUUCAUACCCUUACUAAUCAAUAGCCUAUCAACCUCCAGUUUAAACAUACCCAAAUACUUGGCCUCUCCAGCCACGUGGCACUGAGCUACAGAUUCGCCACCACCUCCUCAUUACGCAAUGUACUCUCCUUGCAUACUGAUACCUACUUUUCAUCAAUUUGCAAAUUGGUGAUCAGUAAUGGGAGUUCAAGUAGGUCCUUCUCAUCUCAGAGCCUUCCCCAUCUCAUCUAGAUGCUUGUCUCUAGAAUCAGUCAUCUGUUCCUAUAUCUGAUAGCCAUUCUCUAGCAAUAAGCCUGACAUUUCUGAUCUGGUCCAGCUACUUUUGCCAGUUGUAAGUACCUGAUUAAGUUAUUCAACAUAAUUAAAUUGCUGGAACACAGAACAGUAUAUCUUUGUGUACAAAUAUAGAGUAUUCAAAAUGAGUCAGAACUUCUUGAUGCUGCAAAUCACCUAGGUAAUCAGUUAUCCAGAAUAUAUACUGUAUUUCAUGCUUUGAAAGAUGAUUUGUAAAAUUAUCUAAUAUUUUAAAUAUUGGCAUUGAAUUGUUGCAGUCAUAGGAAUGCAGGUGGCCUCCGGUGCUAUUGUAAUGAUAUGAGUACAUUAGUUUGCUACCUAUCCUUACUGUACAAUUAAUGUUGCAACUCCAGAUAGCUAGUUAAGGGGUGGAAGAGAUGUGGAAAUCACAAACACUAUCUUGCCCAAAUUGCUUGCAUCCUGUAUUUUUACAGCAGCAAGAACUGAGCUGCAAAACUAACUAUAAUGGCUAAGUUUGAUUGUCUUGCAGAAUACAAAAAUCAAUGUACGUUCUAACCUUGCACAAAGGCAUUUAUCCCUUGAUCUCUGCUGGUUCAAUAUACGUAUCAAAGUAGGUCCAAUGACAACUUACAAAAGUAAUGCGCUAUUUUUUAAAGGGGAAAAUCUGCAAGAGUAUGGGUAAUGGAAAGUGGGUGGGGAGAAAGUAGCUUGUUGAAUUUUAGCUAGUAUAAAGCACAAUUUCUUUAAUUUUUUUAAAUGGGGUUUGUUUUGUAGCUGCUUGUAAGGAGACAUACAAUGUUGUAAAUAGUAUACAUCAAUAAUAAAUGUAUUUUGAACUUUUUGUACUUAGUUACUAAGCUAAUGGUUGAAUUUAAGCAAUUGCUUUUCGUAUUAGGAAAAUGAUACUAGACAAUGGGUUAGAAGUUAUUUAUCCUAUAAAUAUGCAUGCUGAAGUACAGCUGCCAAGAGCACCCAUGCCUGUUUCAUGCUGACAAUGUAUUUAAUUCACUUGCCUGAUAAAGCCAUUUUUACUAAAAAAAACAUACCCAUACAUGCACUAAAUGUUAAUAGUUAAAUGGGAUGGAGGGUUGCUUUCCUAUGAAAUUGCGGUUUCUAAUCAAAGGCUUCCUGCUUAGAUAAAUCUAGGUAGGGACAAAGUGCCUUAUUGUCUCUUAAGUAGCGAGCAGAAGUUAAUUUACACAAUUACCCAAAGGACCUAUGUAAAAAUAAAGUAACAUUGCUAGGUGGCCAUGACGAAAAAAGUUGAAGGUUCUAAAUAUAGAAAAAUUACAAUUACACAAAUUGCUUUUGCUUUUGGUAUAUUUUAAAAAGGUGUAGUUUGAGGUGGCUACUAGAUACUUCACGUAUCCUUAAGUUUGGUCAUCUCUAAACUUCAAGCAACAUUUACGGAAUUGUCCUACUUCUGCCCUCAGUCAAAAGCUGCCACUUUAAAGCAAAACUAUUUGACAUCAGUCUUUCACAAGUCUGAUUAAAACUAGAAAUCUUGCUGUGAAGGUGUUGAGUUUCAAUUAUGAUGCCUACUAUUAAUUUCUGUCACCCAGCACUUCAGUAAAAACAAGAGAUAAUUAAACCACCACAGGUCAGGUAGUAGCUGGAAACAGAUAAAUUAACCUUCAACAGAACCAGCUUUUGAAAUAGCAAGUUUCUCUCCACACUUAGUCUGAUCUGAUCAUUAACAACAAUUGUUAUCUGCUAUUAAAAUACCACAUACAAGUACAGUUGACUGUUCAUCAACAAAGCACUAUUGGUGCUCCGUUUAGUUUCAUUGCUUUUGUGAAAAUAUUAAACUGUGGUCAGCUGUAUUACUCCCAUUAAAGAUUUGAGCAAGAUUAAAACUGGUGUUCAGUGCCUCCUGCCCGCAUCUCCCUCUCUUGCUACUUCCGUUGGACGGGUUUCCACGUUGCCAGAUUUGGGAGCAGUUGUUGCCUUGCAACCAGCAAGCUCCCAGACAGGCUUAGGGGAACUCAGCUGUGGAUAUGUUCCAUGUGUUUUUCUUUAUUUUAUUUUACUAUUUGUGCGAUUUGAUCAAGAUGCCAAGGCCAAUGGAUGAACCAGAUUUCAGCUUGCUACCCUAUGAGGUUUACUUACUUCAGCACUGAACUGACUGUGGCUGUGGCUUGCAAUCAUCAGCACUCAACUCAGUGCUGAACUUGGGUGCCUAAGGCCUGCAGCCCCCGGUUGCUAACUGGCUCCAUGGCUGUGGACUGGAGGGACUCUGUGGUCAAUAUUCUAUGUUACUUGUUUACUUCUGUUUACACACAAUGUGUCUUCUCCUCUCCCCCCCCCCCCCCCCCCAAAACACACACACUGGGUCUUUGUUUUUUUAAUCUAUUCUACUGUUUGUUUUGUGGCUGCUUGCAAGACAGAUCUCUUGUAUACAGUAUACUUUGAUAAUAAACAUACCUUGAAGCUAUUGGCCCCUAAUACUUUCGUUGUUAAUUUCAUAAAUAUGUCAUUGCUAAUAUACUGAAACUGUUUAGCCAUUCAGUGUUUGUGAAUAUAAUAAAAUCUUUAGAAGGUG